AUGAGGUCCGCUGUUUGCUAUGGGCAGGGGAAUCCUGUCGCAUCGGCGCCUGUGCCAUCUGUUGAUAGCUCCUGUGACGUCGCAAAAAAGAAGGAGGAAAUCAAUUUGACGAUCGGGCGCGGACAAAGCUCAGUGACAUUUGACUGUGGCGCCGAAGGAAAUGCAACGCUUUCCCCAGAGUCUACGCUCAAGCAGUACUAUGAAACAGAGGACUGCACAAGAGCACAGCAGCUGAACGUUCUAUUUUCGGGAGCCGACCUGACGACUACGGGUGAAGGAGGAAAGCAGUACCUGCUCACUAUCCCGGAGGAAAAGCGCCCAGGAAAACAAUUGUUCUUCAAGUGUACUAUCCCAAAGAGAGUGAUUUCUAGACAGAUUCAGUCACUGCCAGAAGAAAAAAAGGUGCCAAGCCCCGCCGAGGAAGAGAAAUGCAUAGUUAAAGUUACAGUUCAACCGGCGCCUGAGAGUUCCAUCGAGACCCCCCCGACCCAGGAUCCACCUGCAAAUGACGGGCACAGUAACACCUGUGAUCCGAUGGAAAGUCAGGAUAUCCAUGUGGUUCUGCGGACAGCAGAGGAAAGCACCACGUUCUGCUGCGGCGCCUCCGCACAACUCUACCCCUCUGUCGAGCCCACGGAAGUCUUCGUGAACUCCGCAUGCACGCAACAAAAGCUUCUUACGCAGGCUUGCCCUGGAGCAGUACUCACCAAAUCAAAGGGGCAGGGAGCAGCAUCUUAUACGCUGACUGUAAAUUCCAAGCCCGCAAGCGAUCAGGAACUGUAUUUCAGGUGCAUCGCAGAGGAAACGAAUAAACCAAAUGGCCUCCGCAGCUCUAUGGAUGCUGGCACGAACAAUGUUUGCAAAAUCAGAGUUACGGUUCAGGCUGAGAAGAAGUCCGAGGAUCAGCAGGAGUCCUCCGCCGCCUCCGUCGGUGUGGGACCUUUUCUGUUCGUGGCACAGGUGACACUGGGUCUCCUGAGCGUGUGA